AUGUCAAGGAUUAUGAAAUCUCUUGAUGUAAUGCCUUCCUUCAAAUAUCACCCUAGGUGUACAACUAUAAAAUUGUCACAUCUAGUGUUUGCUGAUGGUGUGAGUGUUUGCUGUGGUGGGGAGUUUCCCUUUGUUUAUGUAAUGUUACAAGCUUUCAAGCUAUUCUCAGCUUCUUCUGGGCUUCAGAUCAAUAGUCAAAAAUCUGAUUUUUAUACUACUGGAAUGUUAGAAAAUCUUAUUUACAGAACAAAGGAUGUCUCUGGUUUAAGUCAAAGUAGGCUUCCUUUCAAGUAUCUUGGGGUUCCCAUAUGUGCAAAAAGAAUUUCAACUGCUGAGUGUGGGGUUUUGGUGGAAAAGAUGUGUGCCAGAAUUAAAGUUUCGAGUAGUAGAAAUUUGUCAUACACCCGAAGGCUCCAAUUAAUUAAUUCUGUUAUGUUGAGUAUUCAUGUAUACUGGGUUCAAGUUUUUAUUAUCCUAAGAACUGUGUUGCAAGAAAUUAAGAAGGUUUGUAGAGCUUAUCUUUGGUCUGGAAAUUUUUACACUUCUAGAGUGGGUAAUGCCUCCUGGGAGAAAGUGUGUCAACUAAAGCAAGCUGGUGGCCUUGGCAUUAGACAAAUUUUACAAUGGAAUAAAGCAGCUUUAGUAAGAUAUGUUUGGGCUACUAUAAGUAAGCAAGAUUCUCUGUGGAUUAAAUGGGUGAAUACUGUGUAUAUUAAGGAAGCUGAUUGGUGGAAUUAUCAAGCUCCACAAAAAAGCAGUUAUAUUGGAAACAACAUUCCAAAGCACAUAAUGUUUGCUUGGAUGGCUAUGCAGGAGAGACUGUGGACAAAGAGCAGAUUGAUGCAGGCUGGUGUUGUCCAGGGUGUUGACUGUCAAUUUUGUGAUGCUGGUUAG